UCUAGUUUAAACUACAAUAUGAAAGCCUUCACUAUUUUAACAAUACUUCUACCAGCUUGUCUGGCAGCACCAUCAUCAGUGGAAUCCAAUAAUACCACCAGUUUAAAAUCCAGUGAACUAUCACCAGAUAAUGGGAGAAUUAUGGGGGGUGCAACCGCACCAAAAGGAGCCUUCCCAUAUCAAGUCUCUCUAAGAAAUCUAGAGAACAAGCACUUCUGUGGUGGUUCCAUCAUUACCGCAAGACAUGUUCUUUCAGCUGCUCAUUGCUUCGUCGGAGCUAGCCCUGACAGAAUCAUAGUAGUCGUUGGGACUAACCUACUGAACAAAGGUGGCUUUACCCACAAGGUCGAAAAAAUUGUAUCACACGAAGGAUAUGUUAAAGAAACCUAUUUAAAUGACAUCGCAAUAUUGACCGUAAAUCCCAGAUUUAAUAUCAACGCACCAGGCAUAUCAAUUGUUCCUCUCGCCAGUAGAAGCCGUGUUGUCACUAACGGCGAGAAACUAUUUGCUUCGGGAUGGGGCUUCGACGACUACCCAAAAGAAGAUUCGCCGAAUAGUAUGCAAUAUAUUCAAUUGACAGGAAUGGAUGCGGCAACAUGCGCCUCCAAGAUGCCAGGGUCCCCGAUUAAAAGUGGUCACAUUUGUACCCAAGAUCAAAAAGGUUUAGGAACAUGCAUGGGAGAUUCGGGUGGUCCUCUGGUAGAUGUUGGAGGGUACAAGGGCAUUGUAUCGUGGGGAAUUCCUUGCGCCCAAGGAAAACCAGAUGUUUUCACUUCUGUGGCAUACUAUAAACACUGGAUCGAAGAAAAACAGAAGACGCAUAAACCUAAACCUAGUAUGGCCCCACUGAGCUAUAAUCCGCCACUGACAUGCUCCCAGCUUCUAACUGGUUCUACUCCUAUUAGUAAUGGUCAUGUCUGCACUACCUCACCAGUAUAUCAGGGAUCUUGCCAGGGUGACUCUGAUUGUCUAUUGAUUGACGCGCAGGGCGGGUAG